AUGAGUGUGAAGCGUCCGCACGAUGAGGUGGACGCUCCUGGCGACACCAAGAAGACAAAAGCAAGCGGUGUUGGCGACAACAGCCUUGUUGUGCCACCAUACGAUGCCGCCAAUGAACCGAUGCCAGACUCACCCGUGUUUCGCGAAGAUUUCCUUGAGAUUGAGCGUCUCGUCAGGCGGCUCCUUCAUGAACUCUAUGGUCCUAUCAACCUGAGCAAAUUCAUCAGCAACGUCGUCAACGGCCUCAAGGAGGAAUUUAGGACGCGGACGAAGUCACAAUGCCCAGAAGAAGUGUGUAUCGCGCUGAAUGGUGCCAUGCAAGCUGGCAAAACUGCUACAGCCAACUCGAUCCUGAACAAGACCAUUGGUAAGGAGGGCGAUGAAGGUUACAGCUGCACGUGGGUCACUCAGGAGUUCUGCUUCAAGUUGCUUGACCAGACUAAACCUUACGCGGCUGAGGUACAUUUCUAUGGUCAAGAGGACCGCAAGGCUCUUAUCAGAGCACUGCUGAAAUCGUACCGUGAGGCACUAUCAACAACCAACGACGAUGCCAUGGAGGGCAAACGCGACCUCACACACAUUAUCCACGAUCAUGCAGUCAAGCAAGCUACCGUCGACGCUUUCAUGGCACUCCUCUUCAUUCACGACGACUUCAGCACUAGGGAGAACACUGAACUCUUUCUUGCACGUGCUGACAUCGAGGGCGAGGACGAGAUUGGAGAUGAGCUCUGCGACCUGACGGAGGACCUGAUGACAGAACUCCUUCACGAGAACGAGUACGUCUUCCUACAGGGCUCGACUUCGCAGAGUCUACAGUACAAGCUCUCAAGGUACAUGAGAACCUUUGAGGAGAAAGGAAAGCAGCUGGUCUCUUUCUGGCCGCUCGUCAGCCACAUCAAGUUUGGACUGAGCAACAGACUAUUGCGCAACAUCAGCAUACUUGAUUUACCUGGAAUCACAGAUCCGAACAAGAUCAGAUCUGAAAAUGCUUUGAAUCAUCUACAACGGUGUACACACUGUAUCGUAGUGGGCGAGAUUGGCCGUGCAGCAGACGAUGAGCUACUGCGGAAGGAAGUGAACAAAAGCUAUUUUGCUCGAGGAUCUGGACGGACUAUGCUAUGUCUUACCAAAUCGGACCAGAUCAACGACGCGAAUGCAGUCAGUUGCGAAGCAAUUGACGCAGAUCACUUGGAAACACUCCAAGAAUUCGUAGCGAAGUUGGAAGACGAAUGCGAUCGAUGUUAUAUCGAAUCUCGAAAUGCACCAUCGAGGGAGGAGAAGUUCCGUCUCAUGGACGAGAGGGACAAGCUGGAUAAUGAACUGAGAGAAGCACAGCGCGUGGAGCGUGAGUUUCGAAUUGCUCUCCGCAGCAAGAGCGUUACAGCAGCUAUAAGAAAAACCUACACUGAGCUGACAUCAGACCCGGCCGAACUCCCAGUUUUCUGUAUUGGCAAUUCGGUGUACAAGAAGCAUCAGAUGGGGUACAAAAGAUCAGACCCCCGACCUCCCACCAUGUCUGUCGCGGCAACGAUGAUACCGGAGCUAAGGAAAUACCUUCUCCAACUGCCUGCAGAGGGUAAAAUCAACGACAUCAAAAACCAGGUAUUUGUCCAAUUCCCGGCCAUCAUCGAAGCUCUUCGACUUUACACGUUGCGACGACACAUGGACCAAAAGGAAGUCAUUCUUGCAGUUGUUCGUGAGCUACAACUGGCUAUGCCGGGAACCUGCGAACAGUGGUUUGGAUUAUCACAAUCCGCUACCGAUUUCCAAAAGCACGUACUGGGUCCAAUGAUGUCGCUGGAAUAUGACUGGACCACCAAAGCGCGGGCUCUCGUGUCGAACUGGGAACGCGUCAACAAUACUCGUCUUCAUCUUUCAAUGCUCCAAAGCGAAGGUAAUCGGCAUCCACGUGGUGGCGAACGAAUUUCCUGGAAUGACCAGUUAAUCGCCAUCGCCAGGGUGGAGAUGGAUCGACACUUUUACUCAUACAUGAGAGAAGCUCUGCCCGAGCUCACGAAGAAUACGCGGAAGCCGUUCGCGGAUGGCCUGCGUGGUAUCGUUGUGGGGGUCAAAGCUCACGAACACUACAAGACCAUGGGCAUGAUUCCUUUCCUGUCAUACUUACAGACCGAGGCGCGAACCAUUAGGAGAACCACGGAGGUGCUCAACAAUGCAUUGAGAAAGGAAAUUGGCGAUAUGUUCCGAGACAUCACCACCGAUUCUCCCAAGAACUUUGUAGCGAAGGCAAUGUCGACAGUCUACGCAAAAUCAGCGAAGAUCAAAGGCAAAGCCGGGGCCGUAAAACAGAGACUCCACUUCUUCCAGCAAGAGGUCACUAGAACCGGUGGAGUCUGGCAUCAAGCUCACGACCUGCUCCACCAGGCAUUUGUCUUGAUCCUUAAGGCCCACAAGACUCGUAUCGAAACAGCAGCGGGAGAAUUUUUCGAACGUAUCGAGAGGACAUUCGAGAUGAUGUGUCCGGAUGAGACAGAAGAGAGCGAAGAGGAGAUUGCUCUUCGAAAAGAGCUCAGCUCGCGUCUCGAAUAUGUCGAGCGUCAGCUCAACAAUGAGGUGAAGCCCAAGCUGCUCGAGAUCCUAGGCAUUCCAGAGCCAGAAGACUAG